GCCCGGCCAGGUAAGGAUACGUUAAGAUGCCGCUAGAUGGCGGCUGUUCGCCAAAGGCUUCACCAUGGAACGGCUUGCGGUAUGUCUAAUUACGCUAUCGUGGCUGAACUAAUGCUGUUCAGCCCCGCGAGUAGCUCGAAGGAUCACAGGCUGUCGAUAUGUACAUCACGUCGCUAUACUCUCGCUGCCAGAUAAGUAGUCCGUCCUUCGCACGGUUCAAAGCUGCAAUUUUACUACUCUGCUUUCUUUCCGUGUGUAGAUUUGUUAUCACUGUAAGACU